UAACCCUGUUUGAGCGGAUGUUGGCUCCAUCUCCCCUCAGCACUAGUUUGAGGCCUGCCGUCACCAUGCUGCCUUACUUCCUGCUCCUCUGCCUCCACUCUGGUCUGGUGGUAUCCUACGAAUGCCCGGUUGACUGUUCCUGCCAGGGCCAGGCCUCCAUCUUCUGCAUUCAACGGCGCUCCAACGUCAUGCCUCGUGUCCCCACCUCCAUCACAAAUCUAUACAUCUUCCAGAACGGCAUCGACUCUUUGUCCCAAGAUGACUUCAGAGGCCUGGGGGAGACGGAGCUUCUAGAUCUGAGCCAGAAUCAGCUGGUGGAAAUUCCAGACGGUGUGUUUGAGAUGCUGUUGAAGCUGAAGAACUUAGACCUGUCCUCUAACCAGAUCACACACAUUUCCAAAGACAGUUUCUCUGGGUUGGUCCAGCUGGAGAGACUGUAUCUUCAUGCCAACCGCAUUCAGAGCAUCCAUCCGGAGGCUUUUGACGGUUUAGAGAUGCUGCUGGAACUCAAGCUCCAACGAAACCAGCUCACAUCUCUGCCAUCCCUUCAGUUCCCCAAACUUCUGCUGCUAGACCUCAGUCACAACACCAUCCCAACCCUGGGACACUCAGACCUGCAGACCCCGCACCUGGAGGCCCUUAAGGUGUCUUCUGUUGGGCUCACCUCUGUGGAUGAGGAUCUCAUAGCCUCUCUGGGAAACCUACAUGAGCUCGACAUCUCCACAAACCAGUUAACUGAGGUGCCCCCGGCUCUGCAGCAGGACUCCCUCAAGGGGCUGAUCAAGCUCAGCCUGGCUGCCAACCCAUUGGGUGAUCUGAGGGUGGAGGACUUCCAGAAGCUGAUCGGACUUCAAGAACUGGAUCUAAGUGGUCUUAACCUCCAGGGAUUUUCUCAGAGUUUCUUCCAGACCUUCCCCAGGCUGGUGCACCUGACAGCGGCUGAGAACCCGUUUAACUGCUUGUGUCCAUUAGCUUGGUUCCCCGUCUGGCUUAAGGAGAAGAAUGUGAAUCUUGGGCGUCCUGAGGAAACCAGAUGUCACUUCCCUUUGGUUAAUGCCGGGAAGAUGCUUUCAGCGCUGGAGCACAAAGAUUUUGGGUGUCCACCUUCUACAACAGUGCUGAUUGACUCCCCCAUUGGAAGUACUCCUGUUCCCCAGGUGUCCACCACAUCUCCAGAGACCAUCCAUACCAACGCCAUACCGCCCCCUCCUCCACCCAGUGAGGCCACCAUCUCCUCAAAAACAGACCGCCCCCAUUCCCCAGAACCUCCAGUCUCUCCAAGCUCCACCAACAGGGAGGUAGGGGAGCACAUCUGCCCACCAAACAUCUGCCUCAAUGGGGGCACUUGUAAUUUUGACCCGUUAGGUCAACUCAGCUGUUUGUGUCCGUCGGGAACAUCUGGCCUCUACUGUGAAAAUGUGGAGGAGGUUCCUGAGCCCCCGAAACCUUCAGAGGUUUUGUUAGUCGCCCCUGUGAUUCCUGUUGAACUGGAUGCUAUCAGCUCACGGCACGUCACCUCCACAUCUAUCCUUCUGGACCUGCACCGAUUCAUUGAGACACGGCCAGACAUCCGGGGAAUCCGGUUGACCUACCGUAACCUCUCAGGGCCUGACCGCCGCCCCAUAAUCCUGAGUGUACCGGCAUCCUACCCUGAGUACACUUUGCGUGGUUUGCUACCCAACUGUACCUACUCAGUCUGUGCCAGUCCCCUGGAGGAAAGAAUCAGCUCCAGGACCAACAGCUCUGUUGAAACAGGGUCAUGUACGGAGGCUCGUACUGAAGGGAUACCGUGGAUGUCUACAGAGUCCAGGGUGGAGACCCAGAGCCCGCUGACAUACACCCUCAUCCCUGCCUUGGCUGCACUGGCGCUGGUGCUCGGGUUGGCCGUGGUGGCCGGGACGAUCAUUUGUGUCCGAAAGAGGAGGCAGGCCAAGGCGGGAAUGGAGCUGGAGCUAGGCCCGGCAGAUCCAGAUCCAAUGGAACUGGAGGGGACCAAGGCCUGCCUGGAGAACGGGGGAAAUGGUAUACUACCCCAAAAACAAACAGAGAUUGACAGACGUCAAACUCCUCAGCCACCUCCAUCCUUGCAACAAAAUGGGGGUUUGGACAUUGAAGUACCCUUAAUGCAAGGCCAUUGCCCAUCAAAUAACAAUAUGGCGUCAUUAAAGCCAUCCUACUUCUAAUAACCAACAAAAUGCAAACACUUGGAAAGAUUUAGCAGCGACUGAAAUUGUGGGAUCCGGCUACGUAGCUCACUUAGUGGUUAAAAAAGAAUCUGAUUUCCAUUCCAAUUUCAGAUAUCCAUGAUUACUCUCCUUUACUGUCCAGAUUGUACCACUACAAACUGGAUCAUCUAUUUUUUUUAGAUACUGAAUGAUGAAUUUAGGAAUAAAGCACAUUAGAAAUGUGCUGAACCACUGUGGGACUAUGACGCAGUUUAAAGUCAUCGAGCCGAGCUAACCAAGUGAUUCAACUAAGUGCAAUUGACUAGAAGGGUCUUAGUAGCAGACAGAAAACAGAAGUGCCUUUUUGCAUCGACACAACUGUAACCAGUGGAUUUUUCUCUUUGCUUGUAUGAAAGAAACUAUAUGAAGGAGCUGUAAUCCUUCCUGCUGGAUUUGGGAGAAAAGUGCCUCAGACUUUGGGCUGCAGAACUGCCGCAAGUGACAGUGGUUUAAAUAAUGACAGAGAUGCAGAGACCAAACGUCCCGGCACAAAACGGUUCAUCGAUCAACGCGAACCGCUCCAUGGGAGUUAUAAAAAGAACUUGCACUGAAAAGAAAUCUUUCUUUCCCUCUGUAGUGUCCACAGGACUGAUGAUGGUCACAUAAAGAAAAGCGGUCUAAGGAUUGUGUGUAGCUGUGGACAUUCUCAGAUCAAACAAAACUAUAAUUCAGGCAAAAUUGGAUUAUUCAGUGUUUUUGGAUUAACUAUAAUUCUCUCCACACGUCUUGAAGAUUCUCUCUUUGGGGAGAUUAAUUUGCUGUGAAAGAUAAAUGGACUGAAUGAACAGCCAUUGAAAAAGGACUUUGCCUGCAUCGCUCUGUGACUGGAGGCCGUUUUGUGUUUAUCAUGAUACCCUGUUUCUGUUUUCUUGUUUUUGUAUUUCUAUCCUGUUUUUUGCUGCCGAGGUCCAUUCAGUAUUGCUAUGGUUGUGAGUUAAAACGUUACUAACUGUUCCCCCUUGAAAUAGCCUGCCAGUCAUCAUGGAUUCUUUAAUUUUGUAUUUGCAUCCUAGGGAAACCUUUUUUUGAGCUAAAAGCACUAAAAGAAGCUAACAUUUAUCAAAUAUAUACUAAAAAAACAUUAAUUUAAAGAUAAAACCAGAACACAAGUCAUCUUUACUUCGAGGUUCGACGAAGUGUGAAUGUAGCUGCCAUGAGUCAGUGACUUUGAUUUUCUCUGCUGCAUAAGAAAAGCCUCUGACUGUUUUUGACAAAGUUCCUAAAUGUGUGUUCAAAGGCCUUUCACCACAGAAGCCACUCCUACAAAGCUGCAGACACGUGCCGAGAGAUGAAAGCAAAUUCAAAGAGCUCGAAGGAAAUGAGCUGCGAGUGUGACUGAGUUUUAGGCGAUAGUUUCCUGGGUUGUUUCUGAGAUAUGAUCUAGACGUUUGUUCUCACACACCACUCUCCGCCUCCUACCCGGCACUGCCUCGUGUGUUUGGAUUGUUGCUUGUUUACAGCCAGCCAGACUGUGAAAUGCACAGGCUCAGUGUGCCGUUCUGAUCCAUUUGCUCUCUCUUUCCUGUCUGGUGCUGGGAACGUCACAAGAUUUGAGUUUUUCCUUUAGAGAAAGAAUCUUAAAUUGCAAACAAAAGGUUUACAGAGUGUCAUAUUACAUGCUGAUGUUUAUUUCUAGAACAAUAGUACGAUGGUCGACAGGUGCAAACCCGUUAAAACGGGCCAACACAUUGCAAUUGGAGAAAUGCAAUGCCCUUUCAAAAAAUAUGUAAAUAUAGAAACUGACAUUUUCCAAAACACACUCAGAAACAUCUCCAGCAACUUGAGGAGACAUGCUGUGGAGACCAGGGGACACUAAAGAGUGACGCACACAGCUGGAGACCAGGGGACACUAAAGAGUGACGCACAC